AUGACAAGCUUAGGAAAACAGCUAAGUGCUUUCAAAGUGAUUAUUCAGAAGUCAACUAUAAGUGUCGUUUGCCCUCAAUGCCUGCAAGGGUUUCCCCGUCCCGAUGUCCUCUACCGUCACUUUAAGACCGAGAAAGACAACAUCCAUAGGGGUCUCAGCAUGCGAAAGUCCGAUUUUAGACAGUUCCUCACCUGCUAUCAGGAGGCUCUGGGAGCCUCAAUCUCUGCCGAAAAGCUACGUUAUGGUUCCAAGUGCUUUGAGGUUAGGUUUGUGGUUGAACAUCAUGCCAAUGAUGCCGAAAAAGUUCAAAUGAACAGUUCCUCUCAGUCAUCCGAGGUAUAUGAAACCGGUUUGCCCUCUGAAGCAUGA